AAAGAGCUCCACCAACCACCCCCUGGCACCGUCGCGAGACGGCGAUAUCGGAUGGACUCGACGUCUGUGUGCCUAAUUCGACACAGGGAGAGGAGCAAGUCGCGGCCGUGCGGCGCAAAGUUGGACUCGUUUGUAAACUUCCUCGCCUCGCUGCGAGCUGCGAUGAAGGAUAGGAUGCAGGAGUUACGUGCGGGAAAGGACAGCGAUGACGAAGACGACGACGAUGUCACAGUCAAUUUGAUCCGAGAUCAGUUCAUGGAUGAGUUCUUCAGUCAGGUGGAAGAGAUUCGAGACUACGUUGGGAAAAUAGCACAAAAUGUGGAAGAAGUGAAAAAACGACACAGCUCCAUCCUGGCGGCACCCAACUCCGACGACAAGACGAAAGAAGAGCUGGAAAAGCUCUUGGCUAACAUUAAAGUAACGGCGAAUAAAGUUCGCUCAAAGCUGAAAGCAAUCGAGACGAGCAUCGAGCAGGAGGAAUUAGCCAACAGGUCAUCAGCUGACAUGAGGAUACGAAAAACACAGCAUUCGACGUUGUCUCGCAAGUUUGUAGAAGUGAUGUCCGAAUAUAAUGCCACGCAGUCCGACUACCGUGAGCGCUGCAAGCAGCGCAUACAGAGGCAGCUGCAGAUCACUGGGAAAUUAACCACGAACGAGGAGUUGGAGGAUAUGCUUGAGAGCGGAAACCCAACGAUAUUUUCUUCUGGGAUCAUCGUCGACUCGCAGAUCAGCAAGCAGGCCCUGAGCGAGAUCGAGUCGCGCCACUCUGACAUCAUGAAGCUGGAGAGCAGCGUCCGCGAGCUGCACGACAUGUUCUUGGACAUGGCCAUGCUGGUGGAGAGUCAGGGAGAGAUGAUUGACCGAAUUGAGUACAACGUGGAGCACUCCGUGGAUUACGUCGAGCGAGCUGUCUCCGACACGAAGAAAGCUGUCAAAUACCAGAGCAAGGCCCGCAGGAAGAAGAUUAUCAUCAUCAUCUGUUGCAUAGUUUUAAUAACUGUGGUCGCAUCUACGUUUGGGGGAAUUUAUGGAUAAACAUUCCACCGAGAGCACGUGCUGGCUUUUACACCUGGAUGAUCCUGCCAAGUUUUUUUGCGGUCGAGGGCAAUGGUCGCCAUGCGUAAUCCCAUUUUAGUAAAAAAAAAAAUUGUCAUUCGUUUUUUUUUAUUUGGCAACUUUGGAUCAUGACGCCAGGUACACACAAUGGCCUACUCUUGCGAAUGACGUCACGGGAUAUUUCACUUCCACUGUGUAAAGCAGACUGAGUGUAGUAUUUGACGGUUAAUACACCCGCAGUAUUUACCAGGGUGGUCACCGGACUCGAACCGCGAACCUCUACAACAAGCGGCGAACGUGUUACCGUUGGGGCCAUGAUCUGUAUUACCUUAGCAAAAACACACAUUGAUGGCACCCUUCCUCGCCUGUGAUCGACGACUUUGGCUGCAGGAAAAAAUACGUAACAGUAAUUAUUAUUAUUUUUACAGCCCUUCGUCAAUACACCGCUGGAUGGAAGCCCGCGUCAGUCGUGGGAAUUGUUUGUCUAUGCUUCGACAAGCCGCUUAGUGUGGGUUGAUGAAGAGGUCGCGGGGGUGCCCAGGACAGGUUGACAGGUCGUUCACCACUGAUGUUCGCUGUGGCUCGCAUCGGGCGAUGGCUUGAUGUUUCCUACCUCGCCAGGUCUCAAGGAGGACCUGGGUUCGAUCCCGACCCAGACGACGCCCGUAUGUUUGGAGUGUCCUGUUCUCCCCAUGGUCGUGUGGAUUUCUUUCACAGGUCCUCCGAUAUUACCCUCCACAUUUAUUUGAUUGCUAGAAAUUUCCACGUGAUGCAUCACUUUGUUGAGAAGUCAUUUGUGACCAGGUCGCUUAUGAAAAAGAGCUAUAUAGCUCAGUGUGCCUUGCCUUGUAAAAAAAAAUGUGGAAAUCAAACUCGGGUCACUGGAUUCACAGUGCAGGGUGAUGACCACUCUACCCCAAUAUGGAAUGUUAGUUAGUGCUGGUGAUAUUAUUUCUUCCCCACACACAUUAUUCUUUGGCCAUGUCAAAUUUUUCUAUUUUUGUAUAAAAUGUGAAACGCGGAGCUUAUAUUGCUUUUGUAUUUGCUCGUUUUGCUGUUUAACAGCAGAUCAACGUAUGCAGUUUGGUACGUAUGUUGAACUUAUUUCGCGCCGUGCAUCGCCAACCGUGCUAAUCGGAGGUGCGAAAUCAGAGGGUAUACAUAUACAACAUUAAUAUUCUGCAACCCUCUGUUACUCCACUGCUAGAUGAAGACAUCCCGAGUCCUCGUCAGUCACGGGGGUUGAUCAGCCAUACUUCACCACAGUGGUCAAAACUGAUUAAAUUAUCGCUCUCCACUGAUGUUAGCCAUCGCCGGGAAUCGAACUCGGAGGGGCAGAUUCAUAUGGCAGUGCACUAUCCGCUGUACCAAUGCGCCACCCAUCGAACGUUUUCAACUACUGUAAUGCGAAUAUGUCCUUCAGGCAGUUUAGGAAAGUUUUUUUCUACACUGUCACGCACAAAUGGUUUUAUGGCAUUUUAAACAUAGGAGCAGACAUUCCUCACAUAUCACCAGGUGGUGCACUUCAGAUCUGAGACCCACGUGGUCUGAUGGAAGAGGGCUCCAGGGGGGGCUGGAUGGCACACUCGUUGCUCGCCUCAACACCUUGACUUUGAAAAUGAAAGUGCAAUCAACUGCCCAUUAUCGGGCGUAAUCAAUCAGU